AUGGCAGACAUUGAUGAAGACACUAUGGAACUUCCUGGGGCUGUUAAUGGCGACAUCGACCUCAGCGAUGAGACGCAAGACUUCCGCUUCCUGAAUGUCCUCAAUUUCACAGGCGGUACAGAUGUCAAGAUACCCAAGCGCGGAGAGAAAGACUUCGAGCCACACAAAACAUCGCUCCAAUCGUCUACACUGGCUGCUUCGCGCGAGGCGAUGCAUAAUGCUCUAUCCACUCCCAGAGUCCACAAGCCGAAAGCACACCAGAUCGCUGUUUAUGACCCGCACUCGAACAUGGCGCAUAUAGAACACACAAAGGGAUCCUACACCGCCUCGAUGGGAAUACAUAAGGCAGGCAAGCUUUGGUUACUGCCAGAGGAGGCCUUACAUCUACUUGAACGCGGCGACCUUGACGUGCGAUGGACUGUACAUGAGGACACUCAUGAAGUGAAUGAUCGUACACACGAAUCAGGAGGGAUACCUAUGAGUCUGCAAGGUGCAUAUGCAGCGUUCAUAGGCAUGGAACGUGCUGAAGGCAGGAGACUCACCCUUGAGAUGUACACAGUAUACUCAGCACUCAAAAGGGGAGGAUAUACGGUUAUGCGUUCUGAGGAUUGGAGCGAUACGAGACCCCCAAUCGACACCUCCUGUGCGCCUAAGAAUGGAACUUCUUUCCUUUUGAAUACUUGGCUAGGACGCCUCUUCUUUGGAUCAUCACCAGUGCCCUCGGAGGGGUAUGCCGUAGGACCGCUUGUUAGGCCAGGGCUAUACAGGAGCUACAAGGACAUAUACCGACUUCUUAACAUCGUUUCUACGCAUAACCCCACCGCUCCACCAUCUUUCUCUCUCCCCUCAGACAUCGAGAACCCCUUUCGAUUGACAUACAAUGUCUGGAAACCCAACUCGAAUUUCAAAAAGCGAGCACCGCCACCUCCAGAUUUCCGAAUUUGUGUCAUUGACGCGCGAAAUACACCUGUGCCCACUCUUUCCCAAUUGAACGAUCUCAUCGUGACGACACCGUAUGAUCCGCCCCAGAAAGAUAAGUCUUUGGAGCAAUCGAUGAAGCAUGGACAUCGCAAUGUCGUACUUGCUGUGGUCGAUCAAGUAAACGGGGCGGAAAGGGAGGCAGAGGACGUGGACGUGGACGAGGACGAUGAGCCUCCUCUUCUGUCUGUCUACAUUGCAAGACGAUAUGGCGAACUUCGCUGCAACUUUCGAGUUACUGGAAUCAAUCUCAAUCGUGUCACGCCGAUCAACCUGGGUCCAAUCCACAAAUAG